CUUUCAGUCAAACAAUACAACAUUAUUCCUCUGCAUAAACCAAAAGCGUGACCUUUAGCUGCUUUGUCCAGUUACCCAGUAAUGUAAUUGACAAAACUACUGGUUCUUGGUCGUAAUUUCGUCCUUUUUCAAGUGGGUUCUUGAUUCUUGCUCCUAAAAAUGGGUUCUUGGUCGUAAUUUUGUAGUUUGAAAUGGAAGAAUUGAAUGUGAUGGCAGCGGAGCUUGCUAUUCAAAGAGAGUUGGCUUACAGGACUAAGAUUGCUGCUUUGCAAUCACCUUCCAGUUCCAAAGUUUGUAGAGAAUUAAUGCCAUUGGAGGUGCAAUCUUCAAGUUUAUGUCCCAUUCCAAUUCCUAGCCCAAUGUCAAUUUCUGGUUCAAGUCAGCUUUCAGGUAUUAAACGGCAAGCAGUAGAGAUCUGCUUGCCUGCUUCUGAGACCCAUGAACCUGCACAUGGAGUGGAUUAUACUUUCUGCAAAGAUUGUCAAAUCUCCAUCUCAGGCUAUUCUAACUACAUACAGCACAUAGAUGGUAGAAAACACAAGUUAAAACUGGAGGAACUGAAAUUCAGUCGAGGCAGUCACGACACAAUCUCUGAUCUAUCAAACCAGAGGUUUUCCUGUGAUUUGUGUAAAAUUUGGUGCACAAAUAGAAAUUUGCUCGAGGCACAUUUGGAAGGUCAAAAGCACAAGAGUGCACUUGUCAAGGCGGAUCUUGCUAAGAAUAUCGGUGUACAGAUUGUAAUACAACAGCCACGGUGCGAACUGUGUAAUAUUACGUGUUCUGAUGAACAGUUGCUUAUGAUGCACUUCCAAGGAAAAAAGCACAAGGCUAAACUACAAAACUUGGAGAGUGGCAGGAAACAGGGAACAGAGACCGUCAAUCAGCAUUAUCGGUGUGAAUUGUGUAAUAUUUGGUGCAUAGACAGGGAUUCUCUGAAUAUGCACCUCCAAGGCAAAAGGCAUAUUGUCCAACUUCAUGGAAAGGGAAGUCGGGCGUAGUCUUCUCCAGAAAUACUGAAUGUACUGACUAAAAGAAUUAGGUAAUACGUGCAAACUUAUGCUAAAAAUGUGCAUAUGGUUAGGAGUUUGAUUCUAGAUUAACUAUAGCAUCUGAAGAGAUUAAUAACUCUUCUUUUUAGUCCAUAUUGUUCCUGUAAAUCUAACUUAACUCUUUAUGAAUUUAAUAUUUCAAAUUGUAUUUGAACUUAGACAUAUGCUAUAGAGCUUUGUACUUGUUAUGAAUCUAUGCAAAUACUCUUUCGAUGA